AGAGUGUUGUUUUCCUUUCGAUUUGACACAGUGCUUGAUGACAUUUUAUAGUAUUGCUCGUCUUUUAUAUCUGUUAGAUAGUCUCAUAUAUAAAGAGAGGACAAUUUUAUAGCCCAUCAUCUUGCAAAACUUUUUCCGUUUGGCCAUGAGCAAGUGUGACAUUGCUCCUUAUGUAUUGAUGGAUAAUUUAUCAUCAUUCAUCUAUGUAAUCCUUUCUCUAUUCACCCAAAAAAAAAAUAAAAAAAAAAUAAAAUAAAAAUAAAAUACGUAGUAGAUAAAAUGAAGUUUCACCGUUGAUAAUAUUUAGAUCUAACUGUUACAUUACAUGUCGUGCCAUUAAUCUAUAUUUUCAUUUUUAUGUUUUUUUGGCCCCUUUGAAGCUUUUCACUUCUACGCUGCACCUCUCUUUCUCUCUCUCCUCCAUUGAAGCGUAUUUCGAGUUCUCCAUUGAAGCGUAUUUCGAGCUCUCUUCAUCAUUGAACCAGCUUCUGCGGCUGGAGCCUUGUUGUUAGCAUUGACAUAUUGACUAUGAUGAAUAAGGCAUUUACAUUUGAUCCUUCCCCUAGGCUGGAGCCUUGUUGUAGGCAUUGACAUAUACUGACUAUGAUGAAUAUUGACACCUAGCCCUACUGCCCAUGUGAUGGAGAUAACUAGUGAGACAGUGAUUAAAAAACCGAAGCGGUUGACAUCGGUCGUCUGGAAUCACUUUGAAAGAGUAAAGAAGGCUGAUAUAUGUUAUGCUGUUUGUGUACAUUGUAAUAAGAGGCUAAGUGGGUCAAGUAAUAGUGGAACAACACAUUUGAGAAAUCAUUUGAUGCGAUGUUUGAAGCGAUCCAAUUAUGAUGUUUCUCAGCUGCUUGCUAAGAGAAGGAAGAAGGAUACCACCGUAACUCUUACAAGCUAUAACUUUGAAGAAGGGCAGCCAAAGAAUGAACAUAUUCCAGUUGCCGCUAUUAAGUUUGAGCCAGGGCCUAAAAGGGAAGAGGUUAUUUCUAUUGGGAGUACAAAGUUUGACCAAGAGCGAAGUAGGAUGGAUCUUGCUAAGAUGAUCAUAUUACAUGGUUAUCCUUUGGCCAUGGUUGACCAUAUUGGCUUCAAAGUUUUUGUGAAAAAUUUACAGCCAAUGUUUGAUAUUGCAACAAACAGUUCACUUGAGCUGGACUGCAUUACCAUAUAUGAGAAGGAGAAGAAGAAAGUUUAUGGGACCAUAGGCAAACUAAGUGGCAGGAUUAGUGUUGCUGUUGAUUUGUGGAAUUCACCUGAGAAUGCUAGAUACUUGUGUCUUACGGCCCACUACAUUGAUGAAGAAUGGAAAUUGCAGAAGAAGAUACUAAAUUUUAUCAUGAUUGAUGCUGCUCAUACUGAAGAUAUACACUCUGAAGUGGUUAUCAAAUGUCUGAUGGAUUGGGACAUAGAGAGGCGCCUUUUUUCCAUGACAUUUGGUGAUCUUUUCACCAGUGAUGAUAUUGUUUCCAGAAUUAAAGACCAUUUAUCUCAAAAUAGGCCUCUUCUUAGUGAUGGUAAGCUGUUCGAUGUGCGAUGUGCAGCACAUGCUCUGAAGUUGCUGGUUGAAGAUACUAUGGAAGUACUAAGUGAGGUGAUACACAAGAUUAGAGAAAGUAUUUGUUAUGUGAAAAGUACGCAAACAAUGCAGGGGAAGUUCAACGAAUUAGCCCAACAAGCUGGAAUAGAUAAUCAGAAGAAUCUACUAGCUGACUGUCCUACACGGUGGAACUCGACAUCUGUGAUGCUUGAAACAGCACUAACAUACAGAGCCGCUUUCUCUCUAUUGCAGGAACAUGAUUCUGCCUAUACAGUAGGUUUAUCGGAAGAAGAGUGGGAAUGGAUGAACUCUAUUAUGGGCUUCUUGAAGCUUUUUGUUGAGAUAACCACUUCCAUUACCAGCAAUAAAUCUCCUACAUCGAACAUAUACUUCCCGGAAAUUUGUGAUGCUCAUUUACAGCUUAUUGAGUGGUGUAAGAGCUCUGAUGAAUUUGUCAGAUCUAUGGCUCUGAAAAUGAAAUCUAAGUUUGAAAUUUAUUGGAAUAAAUGCAGUUUGUCAUUAGCCAUAGCAGCUAUCUUAGAUCCCAGGUUCAAGAUGCCAUUGGUGCAGUAUUACUACCAGGAAAUUUAUGGUAGUAGUGCAGAUGACCACAUUAAAGAAGUCUCUGAUGGGGUCAGGGAGCUUUUCAACGAAUAUAUGAUUGGUUCUACAUCAGUUUCAUUUGAUCAUGGUGUUGGAAGUAGUUCCAGUGGUAUGGGGAGUGACUCUAGGGAUAGAUUAAAAGGCUUUGACAAAUUCCUGCAUGAAACUUCACAGGGUAAAAAUUCUGUUUCAGACUUGGAUAAAUAUUUGGAGGAACCAGUCUUUCCUCGUAAUUAUGAUUUCAAUAUUUUUACAUGGUGGAAAGUUCAUACGCCAAGAUAUCCUAUCCUUUCCAUGAUGGCCCAAGAUGUUCUUGGGGUUCCCAUGUCAACUGUCACAUCUGAGCUAGCUUUCAGAACUGGAGGCAGGGUUCUGGACCAGUAUCGUAGCUCUCUAAGUUCAGAUACUGUGCAGGCUUUGAUAUGCACACAAGAUUGGCUGCGAACAGAAGUAGAAGAAUCCAGCCCAAGUAUUAGUGCUGUGCCUUUGUGCAUUGAAGCCAUCUAAUGCUCAUACUAUGGGUCAGAUGGCACAAUGCGUACAAAUCUGCUGUAGGUGCACAAUUCAGAUUUGCUUGUCUGGACUAAACUUCCGAUGCUAUUAGAAUUUAGAUUUAGGUAAUUGCUUUCUGCGGGUGGGAAGCGAUUUGUACAAAUUGCUCCUUUUUUCUAACCAUUGUGGAGAAAGAAAAUUGAAUUAGCAUUCUAAAAGAAAAUUUUAAUUUGAUUAUAUCUUUCUUUUCUCGUGCAUUGUGAUCAUGUUAUUACUGGGUAUAAGUAACUACCCAGAAAGACCAGACGAGGUGCAGCUUUUAAUAAACGCAAUAUAUUACAUGAAUACUCAGUAUUUGUUUGCCAUUUUCCAA